UCAAAAAGGCGUCAAAUAACAAUUCGUUACUGACAUUGUUUUUGUUUAAUUUCGUAAUAUUUCAUUAAUUUACAUGAAAAUAAAGCAUAAAGAUGUCGCAAACAUUUUUACUAGAGCCGGAUAUAAUAGCAGCCACGCAAAAUGUUAUGCCAGAUCUCAACAACGAUUUGGUGCUGGCAAAGAAUUUUUUGAAACAACAAAGUGCAGCCACUGGUGACUCUUUGUACGAUCAUUUAGUGGACGUGGUACAAAAGAUACUAUCCCAAAGUCCUCCAGAUGUGGUGGACAACUUCGAGCAGUAUUCCUGGGAGGUGAAGCAGGAGAAGUUCCGGCCAAACUUUGAUUUACUCAAUGACAUCUACUUGUCCCCUCCACAACUUGCCACCGUGCGGCAAGUGGAUGAAAUGUUCCGGCUGGUAGCAAGCAAAGCGACAAAGUUAGAUGCCGGUGGCGAAGAGGAGCAGGAGCUGGAUCUAGAAGAAGACAAUUACAAGCCGAAGAUACAAGACCUCGUGGAUCACAACUACUAUUUCAGACAGGCCGGGUUCGGCUUGCCAGCCAGUGAGUGUUACGCGAUCUACAUAUCUAUGAUUAUGUUGGGGAUCAAAGAACCUGUUUCCACCAUCAGAUUCUUCGGCAAGAUCUUCGGCACUAAAGCGAACUACUACGUGAUGGAAACAGACCUCACUCUAGAAGAAUUGGAUAGAAGAAUCAGGGCCUUCGAAUUGAAGGAUAUGCCUGGAGAAGGCGAAGCUAUAGACGAGGCCAAAGCCCAGGCUGUAGAGGAACAGGCAGAGAUACUCGGUGAGGGGGAGGGGAAAGAGCCAGUUUCCAAGGAACCAGUACCUCCAAAGAUCCCUCCAGAGCCCGUGUCCACGUGGCAACCGCCUCCUCCCAUACCUGUCGAGCGACCCGGUCAAGGAAUCAAUAGGAAGGUUUACUGGGUGUGCAACCGUCCAGGCGAGCCGUGGAUCUGCCUGCCAGAUAUCAAACCAGACCACGUCCGCGUUGCCAGGCUCUGCGUGCGCUGUAUGACCGGAGAAUUGGAUUCUGAGGUGAUAACCUUCCCUCCGUUUGAGGGUACAGAGAAAGAGUUCCUGCGCGCUCAGAUCGCUCGCAUCGCUGCUGCCACGUCAAUUUCCCCGCAAGGGUUCUUCACGUACGGAUCAGGGGAGGAAGAGGAAGACCUCGACAUGGAAGAAGGGGGUGGUGACAUGGAGUUCAAUCUAAACCCUUUCUACCAGGGGCACACGUUGAAGGACCUGAUGGACUCCAACCUGACCUACUGGGUGCACCAUGGGAGACACAUCCUGAAGCAGGGCAGAACUUUGUGGUGGAACCCUAACGCGGGGAUGGAAGAAGGCUUAGAGGAGGAAGAUGAUGAGGGCCCACCUCCCGUGGAGCCGGAGGUCGGACCCCCUCUGUUCACGUCGCUGUCAGAGGACGCCAGGAUCGAGGGCAUGUCUGCAUGGAGUGCCCGCGUCAGCAGCACUCUGAGCCCCGAGAGGGCCAUGGUCGUACUCCGGAGUAACCUCUGGCCAGGAGCCGUGGCUUAUGCUACUGUUGGCAAGAAAUCCGAGUGUCUCUACGUGGGCUGGGGUCUGAAGUACAAUCCCCCGAACUUCUCCCCCCUACAGCUCCCAGUACCGCAGCUGGAGUAUCCAAUUGGACCAGAAAUCAUGGAGAUGGCCGACCCCACAUUUGCUGAUGAAGAGGCCUACCGCAUCGCCCACCUACCCCCACCCCCACCACCGGUAAUGAUGGAAGAAGCAGGCUUCGGUGAAGAAAUUGAAGAAGAAGAUUAGGCCUUCUUACAUGCCACGCUAUUUUCAACUUAUUGCUAUUAGAAUAAAAUAGACAUUUGAUU